UCUACCCCUCCCCCCCAGCUGACUGUGUGCAGUGGACAGAGUGGAAGAGGUGGCCAGUUCCUGGUUUAACCCAAAACGUCAUUCCUACUUUGAGGGUCCUAGAGGGACAGUGUAGAGAACACAGCUCUGGAGAUAAUGGACAGGUGUGAACACCCCGAGGCCCCUGUGUGCUGAGGUGUCCUGUCUUCAGGUGUGAACACCCCGAGGCCCCUGUGUGCUGAGGUGUCCUGUCCUGUCUUCAGGUGUGAACACCCUGAGGCCCCUGUGUGCUGAGGUGUCCUGUCUUCAGGCAUAAUUGAUCCCUGCACCACUGUCAGCUGUUACCAUGAGAUACGCCCCAGAAAUCAAGAAGUCCCCACCGCAUCUCCUGAAGAAGUUUGCAGUGUGUGACAUCCCUCUCUAUGACAUCUGUGACUAUAACAUCACCAGGGACCGGUGCAAAGAGCUUGGGUGCUGCUUCUACAAGGGCGUCUGCUACGAGAAAGCUAUUCCCGUUUAUGUGCAGGUCUUCUCCGUCCUGAUUGUGCUCAUUUCUGGUGUCUUCAUCAUCACCAUCAUCUACAGGGUCAUACAGGAUCGGAUAAGAGAGAGAGCGAUCUCCAUGGAAACCUUAUCCAAGGUCUCAUCACUUAAGACCUCCAAGAAGGAGUCUGAGCAGUUUUCUAUUCAAGAACCAGCGUCGCUCAAACUUAGCCUUCCAAGUGGCUCCUCCAAGAAGGGCACUGAGAGCCAAAUGGAAGCAACAGUGACACUGUCAGAACACGAGGAAACGGAGGAUUAAAGAGCACAAGGAGUCAGUGUUGUGAGAAUGUCAGCGACAUCCCUCAGUGGACACCUUUAGUGCGUGACCGAGUGACCGCCUGUAAGGAAAAAAAUAAAGGUAUUUUGAGCAUUG